CUCAGGCCUUGGUCCAGGUCCAGCUCGAUCUCUAGUGAAUACCCUCUAUAUAAGAGACCCUCUGUAUACCUUAAAGGUGUAUUUUUAAAAUGAGAUCUUGACUUCUCAUUUAAAUAAAAAAAUUUUAUUUUUUUGAAAGAAUGGCCCAUACCUACAUAACAGAAAUACCUGGUGGACUUCCUCCAACAGCUAGAGGAAAUAAAUAUUCAUAUAUUUAUGAAUCUAAAUUAGAAGGUGAUAACAACGAAAUACAAGAAGAAAAACAACAAAAUAAUUUGUUAAAUAAUUUAAAAAUAAAUAAUGGAAUAAUAAUAGAAAAUGGAAAAACUGAACAAGAAGAGAAACAAUUGGGAGAAGAAAUUUGUACAGAUGAAGAUGGAAUUGAAAGGAGAUGUAAAUCUACACAGAAGGUUAAUUGUUUUGAUUGAUUAGUUUUUUUGAAACUGCUAAAGGACAUUUAGGUAAUUUCUACGUACUUUUUACGGAUUUUUCUUGCGGACUUUUUGGAUUUGCGGACAUUUUUUUGCGGAUAAUUAUUGCGAACUUUUUUGAGGGUUUGCCACUUCUUGCGGAUUUCUUGGAGUUCUUUAGUUUUUGCCAAUAUUUUUUUUCGGACAUAACUUGCGGAUUUUCACUCAUUUUUGAGACUUACGGGAACUUUUUUGGUAUUUUUUCUUUCAGUUAUUUUUUCGGACGUUUUCUGCGAUUAAUUUACUGUCUUUUUUUUUUGCG